AUGGCCCUCGCCAAAGACCCCGAGCGCCUCCGCGAGGUCAUCAAGCGGGCCAUCUCGGCGGAGCUUGGCUUCGACGGCCUACUCUGGAAUUCGAUGGCCGAUGUCGCCGACCGCGAUUUCGUCACCGAGACGCUGCAGUGGGGCUCCAUCCUCAUGCAGCACAUCUCUCGCUGCCCGGAGGACCUGAUCUACUCCUCCCGCGAGUUCGGUUUCGCGCGCCUCGCCGAUGCCUACUCCACCGGCAGCUCUACCCCGACAGCCUGGAUGACGGUCAGCGACAGCAUCCAGAUCGCCGAGGGCGUCCUCGCGACACUGGACACGCAGACCGAGGAGAUGAAGGCGGCGCUUGACCCCUUCAUGCUCGCCACCGACGUUGCCUACUACAUCGUCCGCAAGGACGUUCUGUUCCGCGAGAUGCACCACAUCUCGGGCCGCUGCGUAGUCCUCUCGGAAAGGACGGGCAUCACGAUGAACGACCUCAGCUACGAGCAGCUGAAGACGGUUAACGAGCGGUUCGAGGAGGACAUUGCCGAAUAUUCAAAUACAAGAGGAGCGUCGAGAUGA